GAAACGCCCACAUUUUCUUUCUUAUGCUACUUUUUUGUAACGCCGGUAACAGUUUAUUAGGACUGUGGAGUUUAUUCCUGCCUUUCGAUCCAGUGGGAUCUACGCUAUCCAGUUGUCAGCCACUGCUGAUCUGAACGACAGCACACGGUGGAGCUGCCCGAGCUUUGUGAGUCAGAGGGGCAAGAGAAAGAGGGAGCUGGUUUUCAGUCCCAUGUGCGAAGACCGAAGCGAGAAGGAAGUCAAACACGGCAAGGAUCUGGAUAACGAGUGAGCGCUGACAGCCAUUACUUGCUGGCACUUGGCAUUUUGGUGAAACUGUGAGAGAGAAGAGAAGAGCUUCACAACUGCUGGGCCUUCACAGAUAGCACCGCUUUCUCGAGUAGCCCGGCCUCAAGGAGCAGCCCUUCCUUUGCCUGCACCCCCACCCUUCUCAAGCAGCCCCGCCUCCUCGAGUAGCCCCGCCUUCACGGACGCCUCAUGGCACUGCUUGUCCACCUGCUGGCCUGCGCCUUCGGGCUGGGCUCCUGGGUGGCCAUCAAUGGCCUGUGGGUAGAGCUCCCCCUGAUCGUCAACGAGCUGCCAGAGGGCUGGGAGCUGCCCUCCUACCUGACGGUCAUCAUCCAGUUGGCCAACCUGGGCCCCCUGCUGGUCACUCUCAUGCACAAGCUCCGGCCGGGCCGGCUGAACGAGCGGGCGGUCAUCUACGCCAUCCUGACCGUGGGCAUCCUGGCCUGCUUCCUCCUGGCCUUCUUCUGGAGGGAGACCACGGUGGUGGCUGGCGCGCCACGCAGCACCGCCUUCCUGAUCAUCACCUUCUUCCUGUCUCUGGUAGACUGCACCUCCUCCGUCACCUUCCUGCCCUUUAUGAUGCAGCUGCCCCCCGAGUACAUCACCACCUACUUCAUCGGGGAGGGGCUCAGCGGCUUCGUCCCCGGCCUGGUGGCCCUCGGCCAGGGCGUGGGCAUCUCCAAGUGCGUCAACGUCACGCACUCCUUCGACAACAGCACGGAAGCCCUCAAGGACCCCUACGCCAUACAGACCCAGUACCUCUCGGAAAACUUCUCCACCGAGGUCUUUUUCUUUUUCUUGUCCGCCAUGAUGGCCAUCAGCCUGGUGGCCUUUGUCCUCCUCAACCGGGUCCCUCGAAUGUUCCAGCUGUCCUCCGAAAACCUGGUGGGUGACUCGGUGGCCUCCGUCUCCUCCGGCCUGGACAACCCGGCAGCAGAGGGUGUCCCCGUGGAGAGGGGGGGUGAGGAGGCAGGCCAGUCCAGGCCUCUGUUGGCCAAGCCAGGCUACACCGUCUCCAAGCUGGCCUUCAUCUACUUCCUGGUGGUGUGGGUGAACGGGCUGACCAAUGGGCUGCUGCCGUCAGUGCAGACGUACUCCUGCAUGUCGUACGGGAACGUGGCGUAUCACCUCUCCGCGGCGCUGGCGUCCAUGGCUAACCCCGUGGCCUGCCUCAUUGCAAUGUUUCUUCCCAAAAGGUCGUUGGUGUUCCUGGGCCUGCUGUCGCUGGUGGGGACCGGUUUUGGGGCCUAUAACAUGGCUAUGGCGGCACUGAGCCCCUGCCCCCUGCUCCAGGGCUCUGCUGCCGGCGAUGCAAUCAUUGUGCUGUCCUGGAUCUUCUUUACCGGGACCCUGUCCUACGUGAAGGUGAUGGUCGGGGUGAUUCUGCGGGACGAGAGCCACAGCGCGCUGGUCUGGUGCGGCGCCGCGGUCCAGGCGGGGUCUAUGGUCGGAGCCCUGACCAUGUUUCCUCUGGUCAACGUGUAUCACCUGUUCCAUUCUGGGGACAUCUGCACCGUCAAAUGCCCGUUGUGAUGGUCAGUAUAUUCCACGGACUUGAUACGCCACGGGCUGGCAUGGAGGAGGUGUGGUCGGAGCACUGGACUCUGGGACUGGGGGUGUUCACGAGUUUGAAUCCUAGCUGCAACAUUGCUGUUAUGCCCUCUAACAAGGCACUUCACAUUUGUGGCUCCCAUGAAAAUUGACUUGUGGGCGGCAAAAAACAAGAUAUUUUAUGCUCCCUCUGUAAUGUUAUUGUCUACAUUGUAAAGUCUAUUUACAUUUUUAUAUGUAUAAAUUAUGCACUCGUCCUUUCUUAAACGGUUAUGGAAUCAUAAUAUACAGGAUAAAAACCUGAAUGAAAAAUGGAAAUUCUUUUGUCUGUGGCACAAUUUGAACUCAAAUUAAGAGAUUUGUUUAUGUUCCAAUAUGCACUAAUGCGGGGUUUUUUUUGGCAUGUGACAGUAUUUUCAGAAAUAAAUAUUGUCCAACUGAUUUACUUUAAAUCACCUGGAAACGGUGAGUGAUGUGACUUCUGAUUUGUCAACACUAGAGGGCGUCAUUACACCAUUGACGGUCAAACGAUACCCAUGGACAAAAUAAACACUUGCACCAUCUUCCGA